GCCCAACUACUAAAAAUUAUGAGUUAUGCUCACCGAGCCCUUGAACAAGGCUUCUCAUUAACUAAGCGCGGCAUUUACUACAAAGAUGUCGCCCUCUUCAAAUCCCAAAAGAUUGUCGAUCGGUUUAUCGACGAUUUAGCGGCCACUCUACAAUGGGACCGAGCCGAUCUGAAUAUUCGAGCUACGUCGAAGGGACUGAUCUGCGGAAGUUGCCUGGUUAUACGUUUAAUUGGGGGAGCGAGUUUGCGUUUGAAUGAUCACCAGGGCACACUAAUCCCCGCAGGAGAAGACAUUGGCCAAUUUGAGUUUGAGAGUCGUGUGGCAUGGGUUCUAAUCGUCGAAAAGGAGGCAAUUUUUCAGACACUCUGCCAAUUGAAUUUCUCAAAGUACCCAGGCCUUCCGGGUCCAGGUUUAAUUGUAACGGGGAAGGGUUAUCCGGACGUCGCAACCCGUCAUCUAGUCAAGAUGCUCUCCGACAACCUUCCCCAAUGUAUCCCCAUCGUUGCUCUAGUGGACGCAGACCCAUAUGGUCUCGACAUACUCUCGGUGUAUAAGUACGGUAGCCACGGCUUACGACACGAGAACGAAAGUCUCGCUGCUUGUCGUGUGGAGUGGUUAGGUAUCAAAAUUUCUGAGCUACCUGAAUUCAGGACCGAUCUCAACACGCUGAUUCCCUUAACAACGCAUGACGAAAGAAAGGCUCGCAAGAUGCUUUGUCGGCCCCCGGAAAACAUGCCAGCAGAGUGGAGGAACGCUCUCACGCGUGUUUUGAAGAUGAGGCGCAAAGCCGAAAUAGAGAUCUUUUCGAGCGUCAGGACGAUUGGACCCGAAAACGAGCACCGCCAUCCGCCACCCUUGGUACAUUAUUUGUGCAAAAAGAUUUCAUGCUCUAUUUCUAGGGAGUCCUAGAAGUACCUACCGUAUUUCACUCACCUGGAAAACUGUCAUCACAAGUGUCGGCAAUAAAUGGUUAUUAUGGUGUAUUGAUUUGACAAAUAUAAACACACCAGAAGAUAGGGCCGUCGGGGACGGCAGGCACCUUGUUUACGGAUGCCGAC